AUGAGCACUGUGGAACCGGGAACGGUCGACAUUCUAGCUGGUGAGAUCGUGCACGAACUCUUACGUCACGGCGUGCCAAACGACCGCAAUAUGUUGUCAGCGAGCGCAUUGGUAUCACCAGCCCACCACCGCCAUAUAGUACAAGCACAUGAAGCGUAUAUGAAGAGUGGUGCGACUAUGAUCGUAACUAGCAAUUAUUACGUGACCCCGGGUGUGGGAUUUACACCCGACGAGAUUCGCACGUACUCACAAACUGCUGGUGAGUUGGCAGUUGAAGCUCGAAAGAGAUGCAAUGGAAAGGACCACGUCAAAAUUUGCGGAACGCUACCGCCACUAAUGCAUAGCUUUCGAUCAGACCGCACAAUUGAGCGUCAAAAAGGACUGGCAAUGUAUUUGCUUAUUGGCGAAGCUCUGCUUCCGUCUGUUGACUUGCUUCUAGCCGAGACCAUGUCAUCACUCGCGGAAGCUAAACUGGCUUUCGAGGGCGUGCAGCCUUUGCAAAAGCCGGUGAUGGUAUCAUUUGCGCUCAAUAGCACUGGCCAAUUGCGUAGUGGUGAGGACGUACUCGAGAGCGUGCGAUGUCUAAUAGAGUUUUGUACGCGUCGCAUCGAGUUAUUGCCGGGGGAGGGAGAAGGCAACAACAAUCUUCUAUGUGGUAUUCUGUUUAAUUGUUCUCAGCCAGAAGACAUGUCUAAUGCGUUCAAGCAGAUAAACAGUGAUCCGAAAAUAAUAGAUGCACUGAAGGAGCACAAUAUUCGUAUCGGGGGCUAUGGUGACCAUAUUUCAUCGUUAUCCAAGGCUGGCGCAAUGGAAGAAUCACUUGUGCCCGGUGCGCUUCAGUCUACUGUGGACUUAUUAGUUUACACCAAAUUUGCUAUGCGUUGGAUCGAAGACGGCGCCAGUAUCGUCGGCGGCUGUUGCAAUAUUCCGCCUAAUUAUUUGCAAAAUAUCUCGGAGACUUUAAAAAAGUAG